AUGCUGUCGUCGUCGUUUGUCGAACACGCAGCACUCGGCUUCGCCUUUGCCGUGCUCUCAUUAUUUGUAUUAGCUUUCGCUAUUAUUGCUGUCGUACUUGUAACGAUCACUAACAACUGCUGGUGGAAUUGUGGUGAGUUUUUUCAAACUUAA